CGUGUGCCGAUUACAUAAUUCUCUGCGCCGUCUUGGAUAGUUGCAAAUCGCGAUAAGAAUAUAACAAAACUGCUUGUUAAGCAAAUGAAAUGCAUUUUUCGUACGCAUUGCAUGCGAUUAAUAUAUUCUAAUAAUGCGCGGCGUUAAUCAACUUUAGGCUAUUGCCCCCGCGAGAAGUUGAUAUGAAAGUAAGCUGGAUGAAAAAUGCAAGCGUUUCGGGAGUUGCACCGAGUAUAAAUACGCAGGCGGCGUGGAAAACUAUUAUCACUCGCUGAUCUGCUCACCAGUGCGAUAGUAUCCUAAUCUCAACAUCCCACACGCCUUAAGAUGAAAGUUAUCUGCUUGCUUUUCGCCAUUGUGGCUGUAGCGUGGGCCUAUCCCGAUGGACACGGCCACAAAGUAAACCACAACGACCAAGGUGGUGGUCACAAAUACGAAUUCCAUGGUCAUGGUCAUGAAGGUGGACACAAAGCCACUUCCUAUCAUAAGAUUGAACGUCACGAUAGCAAGGAUCAUCCAAUUCACUUCAAAGCCCACCCAGUAUACCACUAUGGAUUCAAAGUAGCUGAUGACAAACACCACGACCACAAGGAUAAGCAUGAAGAACGCGAAGGCGAUAAGGUAAAGGGAUCCUACAGUCUGUUGGAACCUGACGGUAAGACCAUCCGUGUGGUUGAAUACACCGCUGACCACAAACAAGGCUGGAACGCGAAGGUUUCCUACAAACACCAUCACUAAACAAUCUCGCACAUCUUCCUAUUGAUGGUGCCAUCUUUGCGUCAUCAAUUCUCGCAUCAAUCAACACACAUACACCCAUCUAUCAUCUCAUCAUACAAUGAAG